AUGUGGUGUGACAACUGCCUCCUGCUCUUCCCAUUGCGCAGCGGCGCGAUGGUGUGGAACGUCUUCAUUGCUGCGUACAACCUGGCCGGCUCCAUCCUGCUGUUCCAAAAGGGGCAGUUCCUCUUCUUCAACUAUCCCGAGUACCAGAUCUACGGCGGUAUCGGCAUGGCGGUCAUGGCGAUCUGCAUCCUCACCACGGUGGGCAUGGCGAACAACUCGUACAUGUUUAUGCGACUCUGCUUCUUCGUAUGGCCGCUCAUCCUCAUCGUCGUUGCGGUGCGCGCGGGGUUCAUGAUGUUCCAGCUCGACCGCCAGCAGACCAAGAUCGUAUGGGAGUGCAACAACGGUGGUCAGCUGUGGGGCACGCAAGGCGAGAAUACGGGGUCGACCGAUACCAUGCCUUCGGGACUUUGCUCGGCAGGAUUCCACAGUCUGUAUAUCGCCUUUGUCUUUUCGCUGUUGAUCGACUUUGGCCUGCAGGUGUACGCCUACUUUAUGUGCUGGCGCUUCAAGAAGAGGAUCGAACACUACUACGCCCUGGCUACCAAGGAGAACAACAUCUACAACUUUUAG